UAGUCAUGGCGGCGUCUGUCGCUUGUCCGUUGUGUCUUCAUAGUUCGUUUUCACAAGUAAACCUGUUUGUGACUGCAUUCCUGAAUUUCUUUGAAAGACCAUUGAACUGUCCACUUUGCGAUCAUCUAGCUGGCAAUGCAACGGCAUUGAAAGAACACCUUAACGAACACUUAACCCUCCAACACCCCAACGCUGUAAAAACGCCCAUUGAUCAGUUAGAUAUCAAAAAGUACGCCUGUAAACAAUGUGCAAAUUUCGAAACAAACGACAUUGCCGCCUUAAGAUUACACGUCGAAUCGGAGCAUCCCGAACGAAAGUUUUUGUGCGUAGUUUGCUGCAAAUUGUUUAAAGCCCAGGCUAGUCUUACCUUACAUUUGAGGAUGGCGCAUCAGACGGGGAAUGCUGUCGAUCGCAAACAUCAAUGCCAGUUUUGUCGUAAGAAAUUCAUCAGUCUUGGUCGUAAGCAGGCACAUGAGAAACUGCAUCAGACGGAUUUAUCUGCGGGGUCGGUUAGAAGUCCGAUUGAAUUGAAAACAGUAGAUUCGACUGCUCACUCACCUGCCGAACCUGAAGAAUCAAAGACUUUAUUCGUCUGUCCAAUUUGUGACAAAUCUUUCAAAAAAGAGCAAUAUCUACAACAACACAGUCGUACCCACGAAGCGAAGAAAUGGGAGUGUUCCGUUUGCCGAAAACUUUUUACAACAAAAGAGUAUCUACGAAAACACGCUCGUCUUCACACAGGUGAGACUCCCUACACUUGCGAUCAGUGCGGGAAAACGUUCACUUUUCAGCAGUCGUAUCAUAAACAUUUACUCUAUCACAGCGACGACAGACCGUACCCGUGUGAUCAAUGUAAUCGUCGCUUCAAAGAGCUUUCCACUCUGCACAAUCAUCAAAGAAUCCAUACAGGCGAGAAACCUUACUCUUGCGACAUAUGCGGUAAAGCAUUCCGUCAAAGAGUUUCGUAUGUCGUGCAUCGACGCAUACACACCGGAGCGUUGCCAUACGUUUGCCUAACGUGUGGCAAAUCGUUCCGCUACAAGGUGAGUCAGAGGACCCAUAAAUGCGAUGCUGGACGAGGUGAAGAAGGAAAUGACAUCAUCCGACAUCGACCUGAUUGGCUCGAACGGCUCGUUACAGCCCAGCAACAAUUGUCAGCUCCAGAAGAAAAAUGCGUUGCGGAGGUUGGAGAGUUGGAAAUUACUCCGGACAAACCUCCGGAUCUUGAUGCGAUGGAAGAAGCUUCUAGUCCGUCAGAGCGACAUCAUCGCAGCUUCUUUGAUUCGAAAACUUAUUAUGAAAAUGAUUCAUUGCCCACAUUGGAUCUGUCUCAGUUAACUCUCAGUUUGGACAGUGAUUUAAUCUUUCCCAGCUAACUAACCACGAGCUUUAUUUAGUGGUAUACUAAAAAAAAAUAAAAUAAUUAACGCUCAUCCAACAUAAUGCUUUGAUCGCCUCACCUUCUAUGGUUCCUUCUUUCGAUAGCAUUACAUCGUAGCCAUUA